AAACACCAAAAAUUUCAUAUAGUGUCUUGGUUCUUCUCUCUCUCUUUCUCUCCAUCUCCAUCUCUCUUUCUUCAAUGCUCUCUUUCUCUCUCUCUAAGAAACCAUAUUUUUCCUCUUCUGCCAAAAAAACCCAUCUAACGUUUGGAAGCUUCGUUCUUGCUCUAAAGAUUGUCAAACUGGAGGAGGAAACUGGUGAUGAUAAAGAAAGAAGAUGAGGUGUUAUGCUGAAGCUUUUGGGAAGGGAAGAGACAGAUAGUAACAGUGGAAGAAUCAAAUGUUCUUCUUAUCCACUGAGAACCCACCACAUGACCACCACCCACUUCCUUCAAUUUCCUUACAUCUCACCUCUUCCUCUUCUUAUUCCCAUGAAUUAGCUCAAUCCCAUCCCCAAAGUUUCUCCAUCAGAGAUUACGCAUAUAGUAACCGAAAGAAGAACAAGAUCGAGAACAACUGGCCUUUUUCUCCCAAAAGUCUCAAACUUGUUUCAACUCAUGGAGUGACUGAUCCUUUGCCACCGUUUGAUGAGAUCACGUCAGGGAAGCAGAUUGUAUCCCAUGUCCAACGAGGAAGAGAUUUGGCUAAACUUGGGCUAACUCAUCAAACAAUAGCAAAGACUAGAAAAGGAGUCUGUAGCCAGACGAGGACCGUGGAGAAUGGUUGCACUAGUGUUUCCAAGUCUACUAAGGAAGAGAUAGUACUAGUAGCUGCUACUACAGGUAACAAGCACAGUAAAACGUGUGGACGAGGAGGAGGAGGAAUGGUGAAAUCCAAAGAAGCCACUAGUUGUGACGUUGGACUCGAAUCAAUCAUCAUGGCUUCUUCAAAAACAUGUCCUAUCUGCAAAACCUUCUCAUCAGCUUCCAACACCACUUUGAAUGCUCACAUCGAUCAGUGUAUAUCUGUAGACUCAUCACCGGUUAUCAGUAAGCCAAACAAGACUAGAGGUAAGCCACGGAUGAAAGUGAGAACGAUGGUUGAUAUCUAUGCUUCUGCCAAAAGAUGCACAUUAGAAGAUCUUGAUAAAAGAAAUGGAACAAAGUGGGCUGUGAUCUCGAGCUACUCUGACCGGGUUGUUGCUGAUAAGUCUGACGUGUCCAAGAAGCGGAGAGUUCCUCCUGUGGGCGUUGGUCCUGUUUAUGUUGAUGCCAAGGGACAAAAGCUGCGGAUUUUAACAGAGUUCAGCGAGAAGAAGACUUCUACUGCUACUCUAAUGAGAGAGCAGCGUGAUGGGGAUGGUAGUAAUGAAAAUAGUAAAGGCUUGAGGAAGAGACGCCUGGGAAAGAAACAUCAUAAGUAUAUUAAACUAAACAGUCACAAAGCCAAUGAGUCAGAGCAGGUACCGGAGUGUCAAAGAGGGUUUUCUGGAGAAGGUAGCAGCAGCAAGGGUCAUCGUAGAAUCUUUAAUCAGCGGAUGCUAGCAAAACGUGGUUCGAGUUCAAAGAAGCUAAAUGAGAAAGGAGAUAAAGUUAAUGCGUUGCGGGAUCAACCAUCUGAAGAUGAUGAUGAUGAUGAUUCAUGGUCAGGAGGAGAUCAUGUUUUGUUGAGAGGUAAUGAUUUGUCUGCUCUAAAGAAACAGAAGCUGCGGAGCGAAGUGUCUGGAAGGAGUAAGACUAUGUCUGGGAGUAAAAGAUCUCAAAGAGUUCGGAUGAGUGAGAAGGAGGAGAAAUCACUUGCAGGAGGAGCUCAUAUAAACACUGUCAGAUUGAAGAGGAGCCUUACUUCGAUACAAGAAGAUAAGUAUCCACCGAGAAAGAAUGUCAGAGAGGUGACAGAUGCGUCUCCUCGUUCAACUAGCAUGAGAAAGCUGUUGCCACCAUUUGUAACAAAUGGAUGGAGAAGAUUAUCUCUGCCUGUGGAACUAAAGAGAGCUCGUUUGGAUUUGUCAGAGGAGGAAGAAGAAGAAACUGGGAGAUGGGAAUCUGAAAUGACACUAUCAGAUGAUAAUUAUGUUUCUGAAGAAGAAAGAAAUAAGGUCUUACAUAGAUCAAAUCCUUCAACAUUUAGUGGUUACGAUGAUUAUGAUGACGAAGAAAGUAGUGAAGAGGAGGAAGAUAACAGCGAAGGAGCCAAUGUGCUGGACAAAAGAGAUGAAACGGGUGCUGAGUUCCACCAGUCUAAUGCAACCAUACCUAGCGAGAGAGCAAUGUAUUACUCGGAAGAAGCUGAGAAUAUGGUUUACGAGGAGGAAGAAGUGAGGUUUGAUUCUGAGGUGGGGAAGGGAAGCUUAUAUGUAGAGGUUGAUAACAUUCCCAUUCCAGGACCUCCAGGAUCAUUUAUACCGAGUCCCAGGGGUGGUAUGAGUUAUGAUGAACAUCUUGGAAACUCGUCUGUUAUCACAAGCCAGCUCCAGUCUUCCAUGGAUCACCUCGACAGAAACUCAUCUGAAUCACCUGUUUCUGCAUUUUCAAACUUUGCAGCUGGUAGAUUGAGUUUUCCACCAGAGUUAUCUUCUUCUUUGCGAGAUGUUCUCUCCGUUGGCGUUCCUUCGCCCUACUCCACAACCCCAGUCAGCUUCUCUGUUCCAUCUCAUCCUGAAAAGAUGACUGUUGACAAGACAACAACACCUUGGAGCUUUAGAAACAAUGAUCAUGAGUCUUGUUGUUGCCAAAGAAAAGAGAGAAUCUCAGAGGGCGUUACUUUGAAUCACCAACCAUCUCAACUACUGCAGCGAAGAGCUUCCGCUUCUUCAUCAAUGGCCAUGAACUUAACCAAACCGCCCACACGUUUGGAUCCAAAUCAUCCUUUCGAGCAGUCACCAUACAUGAUCCAGCAAGAGUUUGAUCUCCAUAGUAAAUUCUUCAACAAAGCGAAUGUCAAUGGCGCUGUUGUGCCUCCAAGUCCUUCAAACUCGGUUUUGCGGUUAAUGGGAAAAGACUUGAUGGUCGUCAUGAACCAAGGAGAAGCAAACAACGAAGAAGCAUCUCGGGCUAGCUUAACACCAACCCCACAGUUUCUUGAUACUCCUCCUUGCGCUGGAACCGGCUUAUACUUAAACACAGGUCUAUAUUUAAGGAACAGUUUGGAGCCAACAACACAUCAACCACAGACACCAGCUUCAGCUUCAGCAUUCAGAAACAGUUUUGAUCAUGUGAGGUACUUUUCUCCGAGCUAGUCAACUUAAAAGUUUCAGACCUUUAUUCAGUUCAGGAAAACAUGGGUGCAUUUGGGGGUUUUAAGGUAGACUUCGUCGGAUGUUCUACGGCAUUUUCCAUGCUUUAUCUCUUUCUGCAGAGACAGUUGUUGUUGUUGUGUAGUAAUUACUAAUUAGUAAAGCAAGGACUUGGAAAAUAACACUAUUAUGUAGAGAUAAGUAACUUUACGCUUUCAUUGCCUCCAAAGUUAUCUAAAAGCUCCAGAAAGUUAUUUACUUUUA